AUGGCGGCCAACCACCCGCAGAUGAGCGCCGCGCUCAAGAACAUCGCGGACCUCAACGCGGUGUAUCUCGCUCACCAACGCGAGUCGCUCAAGGCUGCGGAGGACGACGCGCGCCGAGCAUCCAGAUCCUCCAAAAAGUCCAAGAAGGACUCCAAGAGGAAGGACAAGAAGAGGAAGGACAAGAAGAGCAAGAAGGACAGGAAGAGCAGGAAACACAAGGAUGACAAGAAGGAUAAGAAGAGUCGGAAGGAGCGGAAGGCGUCGUCCAGCAGCGGCAGCUCCAGCGGCGCGUCUUCGAGCGAUUCCGACCUCGAUUCCGCCUCGGAGGACCGCCGCGGACGUCGCGGCGGCGGACGCAUCGCGCAGCGCGAGGAGCUCGAACGCGGCAGAACCGCCGCGGAGUGCGCGCGACAGAUCCUCGCCAAGUUUCCCGACGUCCGAGGCGACCUGCGCGGGCUGCUGCGGACGGUGGACGACGGCGAGGCGGUCGCCGUCGACGGCAUCCCCGACGACAGGCUCAGGGCGCUCGUGGCGCACCUCUUCGACUCGCUGGGACUGGCGCGGAGCUCGAAGACGGGCGCGUACAUCCUACCGCGGGACGCUCAAAAGGCGACCACGCGGCUGGCGAUGAUAUUCGACAUGACCCCGGAGCAGCUCGCGCCGUUCGAGCGGGCGCGGUCGCCGUGGCGAGCCUCGGAGGAGCCGAAGGAAUCGGAGGAGCCCGACGGAGCCGACCUGACGAUGGAGCCUGACGGAUCCGACCGGGGAGGCGAAUCGGGGCUGGAGGGCAGGGCGAUGACCGGCGAGGAGGCCGACGCGCUGCUCGGGACGACACCGGUGGACGACACCGACGACGACGACGACACAGCUGGCGGCGACACGGCCGGCGGCGGCACAGCUGGCGACGGAAAAAACGCGACGGGGGGCGCCGAACGCCUCCUCCGUUUCAAAGCUCCUCCUCCGCCCGCGCCGAUUCCCGACGUCAUCGGCCCGUCCGCGCGACCCAACCCUUACGACGUACCCCCCGCGCUGGGCCCCGAGGGCAAACGCGUGCUCGGACCGAUGGUCCCGCCCAGGGCGAUGCUCGACGCCGCCGCGAGAGAGGCUGCGGCGUGGGCCGCCGAAGCCGUCGGACCGGCGCCCCCGGAGAUUGUCGAGGAGGCGGAGCUCACCGGGAUGGAGGCGAAAAUCGCAGCCGCCGACAAGGCCUUGGCCGCGGACGCCGACCCGGGUAAGGACGCGUACGACGUCCUGGGCGUGCCCCCCGAGGAGGCCACCCCCGCGGUGCUCAAGAAGACGUACUGGCGCAUGAGUCUGCUGGUCCACCCGGACAAGUGCGAGCACCCCAACGCCGCCGCCGCCUUUGACGUCGUCAAGAAGGCGCAUCAAUCGCUGCUCGAUCCAACGGAGCGCGCCGCCAUGGACGCGGUGCGCGAGGAGAAGAAGAAGAUGGAGGGGUUUGACGAGUGGCUCGCGGGCGAGCGCGAGCGCGCCGAGUGGCGCAGGCUGCAGGGCACGCCUUUGCCGACGGAUGACGAGAUAUUAAACGGACCCAAGCCGCCAGAGGACGAGGCGGGACGGGAGGAAUGGAUGACCAAGCUCCCGCCGCAGAUGCGCCCGCGCGCGGGGGCGCCGUCCGGCAACGUCACGUCGUUCGCCACCAGGACGUUCGUCGAGCGGGACGCGUCGACGAUCGCGGAUUGGACCGACACCCCAAAGGACGCCGCCACCCGCGAAGCCAGGCUCUUCCUGGAGGCGCAGGAGAAGAUGUACUCGCUGCCGGCGGCGAGGGCCGCGCACGACGCCGCGCGCGCGCAGGAGAGCGAGAAACUGGUGGACGAGUUCAACGAGAAACGUCGGCCGAAGAGUUUGCUGGAGCAGCACCGGGAGAGGGCGGAGAAGGAGAGCAAAGACGCGAGGGUUCGCGCCAAGGCUGAGAAAAAGGCGAAAGAGAAGGUCGCGGCGUCCGGCAAGAAGCGGAAGAAGGGCGAGGGCGAGGGCGAGGGCGAGGAAGGGGGCGACGGGACCGGGUGGGAGUACAGGCCGUGGAACAGGGACACGGACUUGGAGGCGGGGCGGCAGAGCACGAAGAAGCUGAACCCCGAGGAGAUGAUGAAGAAGGCUGGCGGCGACCUUAAAGGGAGGUUCGGUUCUGGCGGAACCGCGAGAAGUUUUCUCUAG